AAUUUUUUUUUUUUUGCUUCUGGCAGCAUAAUUUUAAAACCAUGGAUUUACAACGUCUCUUUGCAAGACGCCAAGCAACCAACACGUGCGAAGCGCGUCUGUGCCCCUAAAAACGGCACCGUAUCAAGGAACCAAAGUACGUUGACCGUACACUAUACGUGAAAAAAUACGUAGAAAAUCUGUCUGUAUAAUUACAGUAUCUGUAUGCACAAAUCUGCGUGCGUAAUUUUCUCUCCUCCAAGCAGCAGAAGCUCCUCUUUCUUUCCUCUGUGCUUCUCGAGUUCCUUCGUUCUCUUUCACACGCACCUUUAAGUCGGAAGUUUCACUUUGUUUCUCUUUGUCUGUGAAGUAAUCAGAGGAUUCUGUUUCUGGGUUUUGGUGGGUCAUGGCUGACGCUUAAUAAUAUGAAGGUUACAGGAAAACCCGACUUACCGGCGACAUUUUCGGGGAAGAAUCCGUCGGACGCAGAUCUCAAGCACACGACUUGGCGGAGGACCCGUAACCCGAGCUUGACUCGGGUGAAGCGGGUGGGAGCUCAGGUGGGGAGGCGGAGCCGACCUGAGACUCCUUUAUUGAAAUGGAAGGUCGAGGAUAGGGAAAGGGAGAAGGAUAGGACUGGGGGUGUUGACGACGAGGAUGAAGGAGGUGGGUGGAGACGGAGUAGUAGUGGGAGGAGGAAGGGAGCGACAACUGUUUCAGCGAGGAAGCUUGCUGCUGGAUUGUGGAGGCUCCAGCUUCCGGAGAGGGUUGCAGUCGGUGGAGGAGAGAGGAGGGGCGAUCGGUUAGGGUUUCAGCCUGACAAGGUUUAUCAUGGUAUCCCGUCUCUUUACAAUCACAAGGACCAAUUAUAUGGUUCAGAGACAAAGGAUCCAUUACGGAGCCCUAGUUCUGUUUCUGGAUCAAGGAAUGGACUCCUUUGUAAGGUUGAACCUUCAAUACAGUUUUCAAACUCUGCAAUGGAGGGGGCAACAAAGUGGGAUCCUGUCUGCCUGAAAACAACAGAUGAGGCACGCCAUAUAUACACCCGCAUGAAGCGUAUUGACCAACAAGUAAGUGCUGUCUCAAUAGUUUCUGCCCUUGAGGCCGAAUUAGAGCUGGCUCGAGUUCGCGUUGAGGAACUUGAGACUGAGCGUCAUUCCUCAAAGAAGAAACUCGAACAUUUCUUAAGGAAAGUGAGUGAGGAGAGAGCUGCAUGGCGUAGUAGAGAGCAUGAGAAAAUCCGUGCAUUCAUUGAUGACGUCAAAACUGACUUGAACCAAGAAAAGAAAAAUCGCCAAAGGCUUGAAAUUGUCAAUUCCAAAUUGGUUAAUGAACUAGCUGAAGCCAAGUUAUCAGCAAAGAGAUGUAUGCAGGACUAUGAGAAAGAAAGGAAUGCUAGAGAAUUGAUUGAAGAAGUAUGUGACGAGCUUGCUAAUGAAAUUGCGGAGGACAAGGCUGAAAUGGAAGCAUUGAAGAGAGACUCUAUGAAAUUCCGAGAAGAAGUGGAAGAUGAAAGAAGGAUGUUACAGAUGGCUGAGGUCUGGCGGGAGGAGCGUGUUCAAAUGAAGUUGGUUGAUGCAAAGGUAGUGCUUGAAGAGAAGUAUUCUCAGAUGAACAGGCUUGUGGCAGAUUUGGAGACUUUUCUAAGGUCAAGAGGUGCCAACCCAGAUAUGAGUGAUAUGAGAGAAGCAGAAUUGCUUAGACAGGCUGCUGCAUCUGUUAAUCUCCAAGAUGUCAAAGAAUUUACAUAUGAACCACCCAACCCAGAUGACAUUUUUUCUGUCUUUGAAGAUGUGAAUUUUGCUGAAGGCAAUGAGAGGGAAAUCGAACCAUGUGUUGCUUAUAGUCCAGCUAGCCAUGCCUCAAAAGUUCAUACAGUGAGCCCUGAAGUAUACAUCGUGGCUAACAAAGGCAACAUGCAGAGAAACCUGAAUGCAUAUAAUGGUCAUAAUGAUGACAUAGAAGAAGAUGAGAGUGGCUGGGAAACUGUGAGCCAUCUUGGGGAUCAGGGCUCAAGUUAUUCACCUGAAGGGAGUGCUGCAUCUGUAAACAAGAAUUGCCGGAACAGUAAUGUUUCAGGAAGUGGAACAGAAUGGGAAGAAAAUGGGUGUGGAGAGACUCCUGUUACAGAAAUCAGUGAAGUUUCUUCGGUGCCUGCCAAACAGUUGAAGAAGGUUUCAUCAAUUGCAAGGCUUUGGAGGUCAUAUCCAAAUAAUGGAGAGAACUGCAAGAUAAUCUCAGUGGAGGGGGCAAAUUGCAGGCUUUCAAAUGGAAGGAAAUCAAAUGGUAGUGUCGCAUCAGUAGAUCGAGGAUCAGGUAAAGGUGGGCUUAGCCCUCCGGAGUUAGUGGGGCAGUGGAGUUCACCAGAAUCUGGUCAUCCUCAUGUAACUCGAGGUAUGAAGGGGUGCAUUGAAUGGCCUCGCGGUGCAGUAAAGAAUAGUUUGAAGGCAAGACUUUUGGAGGCAAGGAUGGGAACUCAGAAAGUGCAGUUGCGGCAUGUUCUUAAUCAGAAGAUAUAAGAGUAGAUACUGUCGGAUGGCCAAGCGUAUUUGUCUCACUUGCUGGAUAUGUCCCAUGGAAAUAAGUGGUUUGUUCGUCAAAACAUAAGGAAACCAUUUUGCAGAGGAAACCAUUUUGCAGUUGAAACCGCUUAAGGUUGCAGGAGCUACUGAAUAAGGAUAAAUGUUUGAUCUGAUGGAUUUACUGAUUCCCUGGUUUUUCCAAUUUUGCUCCUAUAACCGUGCCGAGAGUUCUGUGUCCCACUGCUGCCAAUUUCUGGGUAAUAAUGUUCGUAAGGAAUAGUUUAGGUUAUCAUUGCUGUAAUUUACGUCGAGGCUCAGCCAUUCCCAUUGUAAUUCAACUAUUCAAGAAGUAAAAGUUAUGCAAUUUG